AUGGCGGCUUCUGCUUCUUCGUCGGGCGCGAACGGAGUUCCGCCCGGGUUUCGGUUCCACCCCACGGAUGAAGAGCUUCUGCUUUUCUACCUCAAGAAGAAGGUCUCUUUCGAGAAGUUCGAUCUCGAGGUGAUUCGAGAGGUCGAUCUCAAUAAGAUCGAGCCGUGGGAAUUACAAGAAAGGUGCCGGAUCGGAUCGACGCCGCAGAACGAGUGGUACUUCUUCAGCCACAAGGACAGGAAGUAUCCGACAGGGUCGCGGACGAACCGCGCGACGAACGCCGGAUUCUGGAAGGCCACGGGGCGCGACAAGUCCAUCAGGACCAGCUACAGGAAGAUCGGCAUGCGGAAGACCCUCGUCUUCUACCGCGGCCGCGCCCCGCACGGCCAGAAGUCUGACUGGAUCAUGCACGAGUACCGCCUCGACGAUGGCGACGACCCCCAGGCCGGCAACAGUGAGGAUGGGUGGGUGGUGUGCCGGGUGUUCAAGAAGAAGUGCUUCUUCAAGUCCGGAGCCGCUGUGGAAGGAAGCACGAGCCAGUCCUCCACCACGGAAGCAGCCGCCCAUUUACUACUACCGCCUCCCACAACCACCGCCGCCGCCGCCGCCUUCCACGCGAUGGCGGAGGAGGAGGGCGACAGCGGUGGCGGCAGAGAUCAGGAGGGGCGGGGCGCCACCCAGGGCCCCACCGAGUGGGCGGUGGCGCUCGACGGAUUCAACGCCACUGCUGCCGCGACGGUGCAGCGCGGCGGGCACGAGAUGGACUUGUGGGGAUCAUACGGGAAGUAA